CAUUCACCGAAGAAGUAAGAUAUUAAAUAUUGGACAUUUUGUAUCGAUACCUCUGUUACGCCGGCUUACUUAUUUCGUUAUUAAAAAUAAUAUAAUUUAUUGAAAAUGGCUAAGGUAUCGAUUCCAACGAUUAAAUUGAACAAUGGAAUCGAAUUCCCGGCCCUCGGCUACGGGACCUGGCUAGGACUGAACGAUAAGAUGGAAUUCGAAAUCACGGACGCGCGUAAACUACAGGACGCAUUAUCGUACGCCAUCGAUAUAGGUUAUCGACAUAUCGACACGGCGCAUCUCUACCGGGUCGAGCCGGAGGUCGGGGAAGUUAUAAAUAAAAAAAUUAAGGACGGUGUCGUUAAAAGAGAAGACAUUUUUGUUACUACAAAGGUGUGGCACCACCACCACAAGCAAGCGGACGUCGAGGUGGCGGUGCGCGACUCCCUCAGAAGACUGAAUCUGGAUUACGUGGACUUGGUAUUGGUGCACUGGCCAAUGUCGAUCUCGCAAGAAGGGAUAGACGAAAAGAUCGACCACCUGGAGACGUGGAGAGGGUUUGAGGAGGUCCUCAAGAAGGGACUGACCAGGUCCAUCGGCGUGUCCAACUUCAACAUCGAACAGAUGAAGAGGUUACUAGCCAACUGCAAUGUGCCACCCGCCGUCAACCAGAUCGAGAUCAACCUAAAUCUCGGUCAGAAGGAAUUGGUGGACUACUGUCAGUCCAAGGGCGUGGUGGUGGUCGCGUACUCGCCAUUCGGAACGAUGGUGCCGUCCAGAAACUACCCGGACAGUCCGGAGCCUAAGAUGGACAAUCCCACGAUGCUCUCGAUAGCCAAGAAACACGGGAAGACCGUCACUCAGAUCGCCUUAAGAUAUUUGUACCAGCGCGGGAUCGUGUCUAUACCGAAGACUGUGACUAAGAGCAGAGUGCUGGAGAACGCCUCGAUCUUCGACUUCCAGCUGGACGACGAGGACGUCGCCACCCUGGCGCAGUUUGACAACGGCUUCCGGACGAUCAGGCCGCUGUUCUGGCAGCCCUACGAGAACUACCCCUUCGAUGUGGUCCCUGGACAGGAGCACGAAGACAUACCGAUCUCUUUGCUCAAGUGGAAGAAUGGAGUCAACGGCGACAUCGAAUAAUUCGGUCACUUGUUAUAAUUCGUGCAGCAUUUUAUUAUUGUUUAACUUUACACGCUUAAGGUACUGCACAGAUUUAAUGCCUAAAGCAUUCUCUAUCAGUCAAUCAAGGAUGGCUUAGAGCAGUGUUUCUCAACCUUUUUUGUGCCAUGCCCCCACUGUAACACUUCUAAAAUUUGUAUAUGUCCCCUAUACAGAAUUUUUAACAU